AUGGGGUUCUUAUCAGGGAAUUCUAAUUGGCUAACUGGCUCAGCUGCUGAUCCCCUGUUAGCUGAUGCCUCAAGAUCAGAGAACGGGAAGCAGCCAGCAAGAGCCGUGAGCCAUGGCGUAGUGUCAACAGACAAGAUGGCUGCUGCUGAUAGGAUGUACUCUCAGACCUUUGGCUUCUCUUCUCCUGGGCCACUCUCGAACCCACAAACGUUUUUUGGCAGCACAUUUUGCCACAGUCCGACAAUUUCUGGCCGGCAUGAUGGUUUGCCUUCCCACCCCUCGGCAGCCCAUCGUGCCUCCCCACCCCAUGGUGGCCCAACCCGCCUCCCCAUCGUCCCACCCUUCGGCAGCCCAUCCUGCCUCCCCACUAUCCUACCCCUCGGCAGCCCAUACUACCUCCCAACCCCUCCGCGGCGGCCCAACCUGCCUCCCCACUGUCCCACCCCUGAGCAGCCCAUCCUACCUUCCCAGUGUCCCACCCCUCGGUGGCCCAUCCUACCUCCCAACCCCCCAUGGCAGCCCAACCCGCCUCACCACCAUCCCACCCCAUGGCGGUCCAACCCGCCUCCCCACCGUCCCACCCCUCGGCGGCCCAACCCGCCUUCCCACAGUCCAACCCCUCAGUGGUCCAACCCGCCUCCCCACUGUUACACCCCAUGGUGGCCCAACCCGCCUCCUCACUGUCCAACCCCUCAAAAGUGGAUGAAGACUAGAGCCUGCAUUGCUGAUUGCUCCUUCCUUGCUCUCUUCGAAUCUAGAGAUUCUCUUCGAUGCGAUGGCGCGGACAGAUACGAGGGACAGUUAGAUGGAUUACAGCAAUGUUGCAGCCGCGCCGCCAAGGGAACACCAUGCAGCAACAUCACAGCCCACAAGACGUUCCAGCAGAAUAGCAAACAGGAAUUCGAACAUCAACAACGGAAUUACCUAGUUGGGCUGUUGAGCGCUUCCUCCCCCAUCUGCGUCGUCAUUGAAGAGUUGUCCUAUUCAGAAGUUUACUUUGACGGAUUUUUAAAGUCAUAA